AAAUCCUAAUCCUAGUUAACUUGUUUGUUCAUUCACCUAAUAAUUUUGAUUUUGUGUUUUUCUUGCAAAUUUACGUAUCUUUUUACUCGUUAGAUCAUGAAGCCACAACAGCCUGCGGCAAUGGGAAUUCCCGUGGGUCAGGGAACCGCCCCAUUUGCACCCCUGAAUCAACCAGCCGCUGCUGUUGCGGACUUCUCUACUGGUCUUUGCGAUUGUUUCUCCGAUAUUGACCUAUGUUGCUUGACUUGUUGGUGUCCAUGCAUUACUUUUGGACGGAUAGCGGAGAUAGUUGACAAAGGUUCCUCAUCAUGUGGAACAAGCGGGGCAUUAUAUUCACUAAUUAUGGGCCUAACUAUGUGCCAAUGGAUAUAUUCGUGUACAUAUCGUACAAAAUUGAAGGCACAACUCGGAAUGCAAGAGAAUAAUUGUGGAGAUUGUUGUACCCAUUUUUGGUGUGAGCCUUGUGCGUUAGUUCAAGAGUACCGUGAGCUUCAACGCCUUGGCUAUGAUCUUGCCCUUGGUUGGCAUGGUAAUAUGGAGAGGCAAAAUCAGGGAAUUGUGAUGCCUCCAUCAGUGCCAGGUGGCAUGACCCGAUAAGUCAGAUGACAUGACUUUAUGGGCACGCAGUCAUGCACGCUUGUGACUUAGGCCGGAGCUCACUCGAUCGAGUUAAAAAGUUGUAUAUUAAUCAAAUAAAUAAACAAAUGAAUGUAUAUGUAAAUUUGUUUGUACUUUUGGUUGGUCUAUUUGAUUUUCUAUCAUUUGGAGCUUGGAUGAUUUGUUGUUUAAGUUGCUUGCUUUGGUCUUAUUUAUGAGGAUAUGAACUUGUGUAAACAAUUAUCUUCCAUGUUGUAAUAUUUCAAGUAUUUUUUUUCAUGGGAGGAUCAAUGAAUGAACUUUAUCUUUA